GGACUAUUUUCAUAAAUAAAUAAAAAAAAUACACUUAGACUGGGAUCAGAAGCGAUUCUUACUCUGAUUCUCACGUUAGGGUUUUAACUUCUUCUUCUUCUUCUAUCCAAUUCCAAUUAUAAUCAAUCAGGAACUGCGGCGGUGAUUUGUAGGAUGGGUGAGAAUGGUAAAAGAAAUCGUCAGCAGAGAGAUGGUGACCGUGGAGGCCGUAACUGGGACAACAAAAAUCAGAAGAGGCGUGUAAAUGAUAGAGAUGAAAGGGACAAAGGUGAAUUGAUUGCGUAUAGGAUACUAUGCCCGAAUGAAGUUAUUGGGAGUGUUAUUGGUAAGAACGGAAAAGUUAUAAAUUCAAUAAGGCAAGAGAGCAGGGCAAAAGUCAAGGUUGUGGAUCCAUUUCCCGGUGCCAAGCAUCGAGUUAUAACAAUUUUUUGUCACGUUAAGAAUAAGGAGGAAAUUGAGAUCGAAGAUGAAUUCGAUAAUGAGAAGCCUUUAUGUGCUGCCCAAGAUGCUCUUAUCAAGGUUCAUUCUGCCAUUUCAAAUUCCAUUGAAACUGCUGGAGAUUCUGAGAAGAAACGAAAGAAUAAGGAUGAAUGUCAAAUCCUUGUUCCGUCUAGUCAGUCUGCCAUUUUGAUUGGCAAGGCUGGGGCUACGAUCAAACAACUGAGAGUUAAGACAAGGACAAAUAUCAAGGUCGUUCCGAAGGAUGCAGCUGACCCUGAGCACUCGUGUGCCAUGGAAUUCGACAAUUUUGUAUUGAUUACAGGUGAAUCGGAAGCUGUAAAAAGAGCAUUAUUUGCAGUUUCAACUAUCAUGUACAAAUUCUCCCCCAAGGAGGACAUUCCUCUUGACACAACUGUACCAGAAACCCCUCACAGCAUCAUCAUUCCUUCUGAACUUCCUAUUUACCCACCUGGUGGACUGUAUCCAGCUUCAGAUCCUAUUGUUCAACCUAGAUCUUUUCCUCAACUUAUAGGUGCUACAACUAUGCAAGAUCUGCAUGGUGGUUAUGCGGAUACAGGAAAUACAUGGCCUCUGUACUCAUCUCCCCUUCCAGUAGUUUCCAGUCUCGGUGCUUCCCAAUCUGAAGAAUUAAUUGUAAGAAUGCUGUGCCCUUCUGACAAAAUUGGACAACUCAUUGGGAAGGGAGGAGGUACUAUUAAACGUAUGAGGCAGGCUAGUGGUGCUCGUAUUGAGGUUGAUGAUUCCAAGGCUCGUCAUGAUGAAUGUUUAAUCACUAUAACUGCAACAGAGUCUACAAGUGACCUGAAAUCCGUAGCUGUUGAAGCUGUUCUACUGCUGCAAGAGAAGAUAAAUGAUGAAGAUGAUGCCCCGGUUUCAAUCCGGCUCCUAGUUCCAUCUAAAGUGAUAGGGUGUAUUAUAGGAAGAAGUGGUGCAAUCAUAAAUGAAAUUCGGAAGAGAACUAAGGCUGAUAUUCAAAUCUCAAGAAGUAAUAAGCCUAAAUAUGCAGAUGACAAUGAUGAACUCGUUGAGGUGGUCGGUGAAGUUGAUUGUGUGAGAGAUGCACUAAUUCAGAUAGUCUUGAGACUAAGGGAGGAUGUAUUGAAAAAUAAGGACAUUGACCAUAAUCGCCACAUAGGUUCCGAAUCCUUGUACGCUAGCAGUUCUGUUCUUUCAGCACCACCUAUGCUGUCUUCAAUUCCUGCUACUGCUCCUGCACUAGCUUAUGAUCAGAGGACUGGAAGCGGAACUGGACUGGGCAUGCAUUCUUCUAGAAGCCAUUAUGGAUAUGAUUCUUACUCGAUGGAAGACAAUGGCUAUGGAUCCAUGUCUUCAUAUGCCACCAAUCUGUAUGAAGGACAUCGUUUGCCUCCCCUUUCAACAUUGGAGAUGGUUGUUCCUGCUAAUGCUGUUGGCAAAGUGAUGGGUAAAGGUGGGGCAAAUCUAGCCAAUAUCAGGAAGAUUUCAGGAGCAACAGUAGAGAUUUCUGAGUCCAAAUCUUACCGGGGUGAUCGCGUUGCUCUUAUUUCUGGCACAUCUGAGGAAAAGCGCGCAGCUGAAAACUUGAUCCAGGCAUUCAUAAUGGCCACAUAAGCUUUCAGAGCUAUUUCCAGAUGUUUUGGAGGUGAAAAUUUAAUUCUCAAUGCAUCUGUUCAUUCCUCUUCUUACUCUGUCUAGGUUGGUUUCGAGAGAAUAUCCUCUAGGGUUCUUUGACUGGACUCGUGCUUCUUCCAUAAGGGACUAGCAAGAUUAUGACAGAGCUUCCAUUGCUGGUUUUGUAUUUAGGAUUUGUAGUUCCUUUCUCCGCCUUUUCUUAAUCUACUCUUCAUCUAUGUCUUCUCUUAGAAAUGUAGGAUCUUUCUGUCCAUUCAUGCUGUUUUUCCAUUAUUAGUGUGGAAUCAUCUUUAUCUCCAUGAAUAAUGAAUAAUUCUCGGAGGAACCAUGAAGCGGUGUUUAUGUUGUUGACUUGUUUCUUCUGGCACUGACUUUUAUUAUCCUCUCUUGGUGAAAUCAUCUGUUCUAAUUAUGCAAAUGAAAUGCAAGAUUAUCUAGCAAUUUCCUCUUUCCGGUAACCAUGGCUUUUGAGUUCUUCGGUCAAAAGUGCAGUAGUUGCCUCGCGAAAUUGAUAAUUUGCAGAUCAUUUCCCUCCUCCAUGCUAUUUUCUGUAUAUCUAGUAAUUCAGUGUAAGUGAGGGCAGUUGAAAUAUGACCAUUUAUGUACUGUUUGAUUUCCAGGCCUCUGGUCAUUUUGUUACCACACUCAAUGGCACUUUAUUAUAUGCCUGUAAUCUGAAAAAUCAUUGGAAUGUAUUUUGUAAAACAUGUGUUCUUGCUUUUCACUUCUCGGUUGUCUUAUGAUGGAUACCAUUCACCAGGAAAUGCUUGCUGCUGCAUUUUAUUGUAGCUGUCCUUCCCCCUCUUCCAUUGUGGUUCAAAAUGAUUUUAUUGGAUCUCUUAAAUUCUAUCAAGUUAAGUUCACGUUAUGUUCUCUAUAUCUGGCUUAUCUGCUACCUGCGGCGUAUAAAUUAUCCGAUUGCAACUUAACAUGUAUAUAUUUCAUUGGAUCUCCCAAAUUCAAUCAAUUGGGGCUUGUUUUGACCUCUUAUCUCUGCUCUCUGCGGCUUCUGUUGUACUAUUCAAAACUUAUUUCAACCCAACGUGUAUUGUUUUUAACUGAAUUUUGGUAACCAAGAUAUUAAACUGAUCUAGUUUUAGUAAUUUAUUCCCAAAUGAAACUUGAAGUUGUUGGUAAUAACUGGUUACUAAUAUGUUAGGCAUCAGCGCUUAAGAUUUUUCUCUUUGACUACUAAGAAUAAUCGCAUAGUGCAAUAAGAUAAAGUCAGACUAUUUCAUCAGCAUUUGCCUCGUUGCUGCACUCCUAUCUUUUAAACAUCAUCCUUGCAGCACCAAUGUGCUCAGAACUUUCUUCCACCGCCAUGUGACUGACUCCUCUCAAACUUUCCAUGUGGCAUUGAUUACAUGGCCUUUUGUCACAUCCAUGCCAAAAUAAGAUAUGAUAAGAGGUAAGAUAAUAAUUUUUUACAGACUCUAAAAAUGUAAAUAUGACAUUAGGGUUCUUGCAUUCACGUUUGAAGGAUAACAAUGUCCACUUUCUUUGUUCUUUGUCGGAUCUUCUCGUAUCAUUAAAUCUUUCGUCGUUAUAAAUUUCAAACCUUGCUCAAUCACAACUACACCCUCACUCCUAACUGUAUCAAUGGUUGCAUCCUUCAUUUAUUCCAUAGUUGCAAAUUUGACCUAAUCAUGAUGCACGUCUUCUUGUUGAUCUCCUUGAACAAGGUCUCAAGCACUCACCAAUCCCACUUUACAUUUCACAUUGUCACUCCUAAAUCUCACAAAUGCAGAAUGACUUGUGAACACUACAUGGAAACCCGAACACCCUAUAAUCACCUGGAGUCCCAAAUAGCACAAUCCCAAGGUCUUGUUCAGGUCAUCAUCUAAUGCUAUUGUGUUAUAGUCUAGCUUCAAAAUAAUCAAACCUAGAUUUAAGUUGUGUGGUGCCUGUGAUUAGCUUUUUCUGUACAUCAUCGAUGAUGAGUUUCCGUCUUGUUACUAUUGGGGGCCUCGUUUUGCAUUGAUUCACAAAGGAAAGUGCCGGUGUUUGAGGUGGAGUUUUUUUGUCUAACCCUAACAUGGCCAAGAUUCAAUAGCCACCGUUCAAAAUAAGGAAUUUUCUCUUAUUUGAAGCUUGUAACCCUUUGCUCAACUUCAAGUUUCAUAAAAUGACAGAAAAGCUAAAAUCUCCCUGGACAAGAUGUUUCAUGGUCAUUGAAUUUGCAUAUUUUAAUUUGAGAACAACCAUCACGAGGAAAAAAUGGAAGGACUAAGAAAAAAAAAUCCAUUAUUUGAAGUGAUUUUUUGCUCCACUAUGCAAUGGUGAAGAUGGAAAACAGGAAUGGAGUUAUAGUGAAGCAAUAUUACCUCUACAAUGUUUCCUUCUCCAUUGAUUUUAUGGUCUUCUUUUCUCUAAUAGGAAACUUCAAGACUAGUAGGUUGGUGCUAUUCAAAUUUGGCUCAUCUUUAAUAGUUUGUUUUUGGUUUUUGCUCCUUUGCUUUAUGUUUAAACCCUUCAUUUUUACAAACUAUUGGUUGUAAUCUCUGUUGUACAUUGUUUGCUGACAUGGAAAACAAUGCAAUGUAGCAAUGCCACAUUUCAUGAUUAAUAUCAUCUGGCAUUACUUACAUGUGCUUCUGUUAUUCACACAACAGUCGGAUAUUGAUGAGACACUGAAAGCUAGUCACUCUGGAUUUGUUGAGGACUCGGAUAGAUUUUUUUUUGUGGUACUAAAAUUGAAAGAUGCUAUAUUUGGCACAACAUAUGGUAAAAUUAAAUGCAUAUUUGGAACUACAUUCAAGUUCAA